CACUGGCAGAUCCCCCUCGGUCGCCGCUUCCGCGCGCUCAAGCUGUGGUUCGUGCUGCGGCUGUACGGCGUCGCCAACCUGCAGGCGCACAUUCGCAAGCAGGUGGCGCUGGCCAAGGAGUUCGAGCAGAUGGUGCGCGCCGACGACCGCUUCGAGGUGGUGGCCGAGGUCGUCUGCGGCCUCGUCUGCUUCAGGCUGAAGGGCGCGAGCAACGAGCCCUCCGAGGCCCUCCUCAAGAAGAUCAACGGGCACGGCAAGAUCCACCUGGUCCCCUCCAAGGUUCGGGACGUGUACUUCCUCCGUCUUGCCGUGUGCUCGCGGUACACCAACUCGGACGACAUCCGCCAAUCCUGGGACGAGGUGCGGACGCAGGCCGACGAAGUGCUGGCCGGCAAGUAGAGGCCAAGCUACGCCUCGCCGCGCCUCUCCGCUCUCACGCAUCGCUAAGUCUUUCUCGCAGCGCCUAGGGAGCGCGUGGCUCGCAGCCUACCCCCGUGUCAAGUGUAAAUAUAAUUUAACCC